UGCGAGCCGAAUCGAGUCCGAGCCGAGCCGAAAGGAGUCUUCAGCACGAGGCGAAUCUACGCUUGCGUUGGUUCAGUGCUGGGCUGGGAUUUUCUGUGGUUUCGCAUUGUCAGUUUAGCGUUGAAGUAUUUAAUCGAACAGAAUGAGUUCUCUUUUGAAGUCUGUCAUGCGGCUGGCGCCCCUAAAGUCUGUCACAUCUCCCCUCCGGUGGUCCCUAGCAUCAACCUCCUCCCGGCCCUUUGCUAGGAGCCUUUGGCACAUGUGUUCGUCCCGGGACGAGUCCUCGUCGCUAGCUGGCCUGAAAAUCGCGACUCCUACAAAUCUCUGUAACUGUGGCUGCGGCAGUCGAAGUGUUCACACCAAAGGUGAACGUGAACUAAUCGAGUUUUUGGCAGAGGAAAUUGCUACAGAGAGCAAGAAUAGAAAAGUAAAAACACUUCCUACAGAGGUCGAAGGUUUUAAAGUUAAAACUGACGGAGCUGAUGUUGUACUAUCAAAAUCGUCUGGAGAUGAAACGAUUGAAAUUCAUUUCAAUAUUAAUCACACUGUAGAUAAUGAUGCUGAAGCUAAUAUUGAUCCAGCCAUGGAUAAACCAGAUUUUGGUGAACUGAAGUCUAAACCAACAUUCGAUGUUGAUAUCAAGCGUGGAACCAGUACUCUUAGUUUCACUUGCUCAUUCUUUGAGACAACUGAACCUACUGAAAGCGAGGAUGGUUAUAAUGAUGUCUUUGGUAUUGAUGAGAUCUCCUUGUUUGAUGGUGCAUGGGAUGACAAACAUUAUAGUGUUGCUGGUGAAAUUUUGGAUGGGUGUUUGUAUGACUUACUGAUGAAUGUAUUGGAUGAGAAGGGUGUUUCUAACGAGUUUGUUGAGAAACUCUCAGACUUCGCCACAGCAUAUGAAAACCACCUCUACAUCAAUAUGCUUCAAAACAUCCAGAAGUUUGCCACCAAAAAGUAAAUUACCCUGUCACAUUUUAACUAAGCCUUUGCAUGUUUAAAUUUAAACCAUUAUGUUCCAAGCAUCAUGUUAUGUUAAGCUAGUCUUAUUGUUGCAUUUUUUAAUUUACAUCUUGUCAUAAACCCUGAUCUACCUGUAUGUCCCAAAAUGUUUGUAGACUGACUGUUCCGAGUAAAUGUUGUAUUAGUGUUA